GUCAUAAACGAGGAAAAUUGCUUGAACAGUCAAAUGAGGAAGCACCUUUCUUUUACUGUCUAUGGGAAGCACAACAUUUCCAAUCGAAAGAAAACAUGAUUCGCAUCUACCUUGCCUGCCUUUUUACAUUUUCAAAUGCCGUGUUUUCUAACCAUAUCGGAACACCAAUAAAAACGAAUGACAGACCAAUAAUCGGUGUUCUUGCCCAGGAAGUGUAUAAACCGACACCUCAUAGAAACUCAUAUAUCGCGGCGUCCUACGUUAAGUUUCUGGAAUCUGCUGGCGCUCGUGUGGUGCCUCUGAUGAUAAACAAGUCAGAUGAUGAGUACAGAAGGCUCUUCAGAUCCAUAAAUGGAGUCCUUUUUCCUGGAGGUGGAGUCAGUAUUAAAUCAUCCGGCUAUUCCAAAGCAGCUGGAAUUUUCUACAGACUUGCUCUUGAGGCCAAUUCAAAUGGUGAUUAUUUCCCUAUAUGGGGAACCUGUUUAGGAUUUGAACUGCUCACAUUUCUAACAAGUGGAAAGUUGUUGUUGUCCCGCACCAACACAAGUGGUAUUGCCUUGCCACUGAACUUCACAGAUGAUGUUAGAGACAGUAGACUGUUCAAAGACUUCCCUGUAGACCUUAUGAAAUCACUGGAAACGGAACCAAUCACAGAGAACUCUCAUCGAUGGAGUAUUACUACAAAGAACUUUACCAAGAGUAAGACCCUGAAAAGUUUCUACAGAGUUUUAAGUACCAACACAGAUGGACAAAAGGAGUUUGUGUCCACAAUAGAAGCAUAUAAUUUCCCAAUCUAUGCUACUCAAUGGCAUCCAGAGAAAAAUGCUUUUGAGUGGACCCGGCCCUAUAUUCCCCACAUGCCUUCAGCCAUUAAGACCACAUUCUACAUGGCUUACUUUUUUGUGAAUGAAGCGAGGAAAAGUUUUCAUAGCUUUCCUAGUACAGAGGAAGAGGAGAAAGCUUUGAUCUAUAACUACAAACCUCAAUACACUGGAAGCAAAAGUGCAUUUGAACAGAAAUAUUUUUUUGAUUAGGAUAAUUCUUUAAAUGUACUUGUGUUUUUAUUAGCGUUUUUUAUUUUCUAAUUUUUUUUUAUAAAUUAUUAUUAUAUAUCUUUUUAGACGUAUCAAAAUUGAAUAUUUCCCAAACAAUACAAAGAACAAACAUUUUGGCAUGAUGAAAUUAUGUAAACAAACAUGUAUACAAAAAUCAUGUAGAAUUUGUAGUGUUAAUUAGACUUGUGCCGGUAUUCGGUAAUAAAUAUAUCGCGGUAAUGAAUAUGUACGGUAUUGUUAUCGUGGGCACUUCUAAAUACCGUGAAUAAUUAUAUAUUACAAAUUAUUCAGAAUUUGGAAUGCA